UCUCCCCCUCUCUCUCUCUCUCUCACAUACACGCGCACACACCCAACAGUCAUGUCGGCUUCCGAGCUCAAGGGCCCGGCCGAAACCGUCCCCGGCGAGAGGGACUCCCUCGAUAGCUAUGGCUCCUCUGUGCGGCACAACUCGGACGGCCUCCUGCGCCGCCUGGACAACCGUCAGAUCCAGCUGAUCGCCAUCGGGGGCACCAUCGGGACCGGCCUCUUCGUCACCAUCGGCGAGGGCCUCGUCAAGGGCGGGCCCGGCAGCCUGCUCCUCGCCUACACCCUCUACGCCUGCGUCGUCGCCCUCGUCAACAACUCCAUCGCCGAGAUGAGCACCUACAUGCCCGUCUCCGGCGGCUUCAUCCGCCUCGCCGGCGUCUGGGUCGACGACGCCCUCGGCUUCAUGGUCGGCUGGAACUACUUCCUCUACGAGGCCCUGCUCAUCCCCUUCGAAAUCACCGCCCUGAACCUCGUCUGCUCCUUCUGGAACGAAAAGAUCACCGAGCCCGGUCCGACCGCCGGCUUCUGCGUCGCCAUCAUUCUCGCAUACGCUCUCUUGAAUGUUGUUGCUGUUGGCGUAUUCGGUGAAGCAGAGUUCUGGCUCUCGGGCGGCAAGGUCCUGCUCAUCUUCAUCCUCUUCUUCUUCACCUUCAUCACCAUGGUCGGCGGCAACCCCCAGCACGAUGCCUACGGCUUCCGCUACUGGAAGAACCCCGGCGCCUUCUCCGAGUACCUCACGCAGGGCGACACGGGCCGCAUGGAGGGCUUCAUGGGCGCCCUGGCCACCGCCACCUUCACCAUCGUCGGCCCGGACUACAUCUCCAUGAUCGCCGCCGAGGCCAAGCACCCGAGCCUGUACAUCAAGUCGGCCUUCAAGACCGUCUACGUGCGCUUCGGCAUCUUCUUCGUCGGCGCCGCCCUGACCUGCGGCAUCGUGCUCCCCCACAACGACCCCAUCCUCGAGAAGAUCUACCUCGGCGGCGGCGAGGGCCGCGGCACCGCCGCUGCGUCCCCCUGGGUCAUGGCCAUGGAGAACAUGAAGAUCCAGGGCCUCCCCCACCUGGUCAACGCCCUGCUCUUCACCACCAUCUUCUCCGCCGGCAACACCUACACCUACUGCGCCUCCCGCUCCCUGUACAGCCUGGCCCUCGACGGCCGCGCCCCGGCCCUGCUCCGCAAGACCACCAAGAACGGCGUGCCCAUCUACUGCUUCGCCGUCACCAUGAUCUUCCCCAUGCUCUCAUUCCUGCAGUGCGGCAGCGGCUCCGCCAAGGUCUUGAGCUGGCUCCUCGCCCUCAUCACCGGAGGUGGCGUCAUCAACUACCUCGUCAUGUCCAUCACCUUCAUAAACUACUACUACGCGUGCAAGGCCCAGGGCGUCGACCGCCGCACCAUGCCCUACUACGGAUACUUCCAGCCGUACAGCGCCUUCAUCGCCCUCUUCCUGCAGUCCAUCGUCAUCCUGACCUACGGCUGGUCCGCCUUCCGCCCCGAGUUCAGCGUUGCCUCCUUCUUCUCCAACUACACCAUGCAGAUCAUCGCGCCCCUCCUCUUCAUCUUCUGGAAGGUGUUGAAGCGCACCCACUACAUCAAGCCCAAGGACGUCGACUUGACAUGGGACCGCCCCAUCAUCGAGGCCUACGAGCAGCAUGCCGUAUUGCACGAGCCCCCCACCACGUUCUGGAGGGAGAUGAUCCAGAUGGUGGGGAUUGGUCGGAACAAAGUGAUUAAGGGCGAGAAGGCUUAAAAGUAAUUUUUUUUUUUGCCUUCUCCUUUUUGCAAAGAAGUAUAACGCGAGAUACCCCAGUGUGCUAUACAUAUGCUCAGAAAUUCGUGAAAAAGAAGAAAAAAAAUAAGACUUUUAUAUCAUUCGUG